CACAAAUUAUGAAUUGCAUGCAACACAGUACUUUAUGUUUAUAAUAUUUUUAAAACAUUGUUUGGUAAACCAUGAAAGGUGAAAAGGGCCACAAAAGCAAUCUUGAAAUGUGGAUUAUAAAAGCAAGCAUUGUCUGUCAUCCAGUUUUUGCCUGGCAAAAGAUAUGCUGAAAGUUUUCAGUCUGUCGCAGACAUAAAACAAUCUAUUUCUUAAAUCCAUUUAAGCACUAUAAUAUGACCUAAGCUAUCCCUUUUGAAUGAAUGUGAUCACAUAAAGAAUUUAAUAUGAAGCAUAUUAAAUUCUUCUGAGAGUUACUAGGAUCACAAAGAUGAAUCUCAGCAAUGAGGUUUUAGAAAAGUAUACACAUUUUAAUAAGAGAAUUAAAUUUUGUUUCAAAUUCUCUGCUUUGCCACGUUUAGUUGGGAAUCGCAUUCAGGUUCUUUGUGCCAAAAUAAUGGGGUGUAUGUGGAUAGGUGUGUCUUCAUGUGUUCUGUGCCAUUUGUCUGAAAUGUGAUAUUGAUGGGAUAGAUUCACCCAGGGUAGGUUCAGUGUAUUUCAUCAUAUGCAUUAAUCUCUGAAAAAGAAGCAACAGAACUCAUGGUACAAAGGGAAAAAAGAGAAAUAAUUUAGAUUGACUAAUUUCUCUAUAUCUAAAUCUUUUGCAGAAUAAAUCCAAAGGGAGAUGAAGUCCACCCUCUCUGUGUGUUUCUUACUGGCUGGGGUUCAAACUUUGGUCCAUGGCCAUCAUCCUCACUGUCACAGUAAUGAGUAUGAUCAUAUAUAUCCCACAGAACCUGAUUCCCAGGUUGAAGAAGCUUAUCCAUGUAAAAGCAAAGCCUAUUUCAAAUUAGCCCCAAUCAAUGCUGACCUUGCUUUCAGAUUUUACCAGUUGGUUGUAUCAGAGGAAUCUGACAAAAAUGUUUUCUUCUCACCCAUAAGCAUUUCCAUUUCCUUUGCAAUGCUGGCACUUGGCGCUAAAUCAGCCACUUUGAAUCAGAUUCUGGAAGGGCUGGCCUUUAACAUGGAAAAGACUCAGGAGAAGGAGGUACAUGAAGGUUUUUGUCAUCUCAUCUGUGCACUGAACCGCACAGACCGCGAGAACCAACUGAAUAUGGGCAAUGCCCUUUUCAUAGAAGAAACCCUGAGACCACUACAGACCUUUUUGGAGGAUGUCAAAAACUUUUAUGACUCUGAAGUUUUAUACACUGACUUCAGAAAUUCUACUGCUGCAGAGAAGCUGAUCAAUGAUUACGUUGGGAAGAAAACCUAUGGCAAAAUUACUGAUUUAGUCCAGGACCUUGAUCCACAAACUAUGAUGGUUCUUGUUAACUAUGUUUUCUUUAAAGCCCAUUGGGAAAAACCCUUUGAUAUUUUUAAUACUGAGGAAGAGGAUUUUUUUGUGGAUGAGAAAACGACUGUAAGAGUCAACAUGAUGUACCGGCGGGGCUUUUAUAAAAAUCACUAUGAUAAGGAGCUUUCUUGUUGGUUGGUGCAAGUACCUUGCAGUGGAAAUACUGCAGCCUUGUUUGUUCUGCCUGAUGAAGGAAAAAUGAAGGAAGUAGAAGAUGCUCUGUUGCAAAAAACUGCCUCUAAAUGGGAAAAUUCCCUCAGAAACAGGAAAAUACAUCUGUACGUUCCAAAUUUUUCUAUUUCUGGGACCUAUGAUGUAAAAGAGAUAUUCAGGCAAAUGGGUGUGACUGAUGUAUUCACUGACCAAGCUGACCUGUCAGGAAUUACAGAGGAAAUUGGACUGAAGGUUUCCAAAGUGGUUCACCAGGCCCUGUUGAAUGUUCAUGAGAAUGGCACUGAAGCUGUAGGCGUUACUGUCACAGAAAUUACAUGGAGAUCUGGUUCUGUUUUUACUCCCAGAAUUAAAUUCAACAGGCCCUUCCUGAUAAUGAUUGUUAACAAGCAUACCCUUAGCAUCCUCUUCAUGGGGAAGAUAGUAAAUCCUUGUGGAAAAUAAAUGACCAGCUGUUGGAUGUGUCAUAGCACUUGGGUGUAGUGCUGGCUAAAUUCCCAUGAUUCAGCAAAGUACAUGCUGCACAUAUGCAUCACUAGAUGAUAGUGAUACUAUUUAAAGCAGUACUAAUAUGCAUUCCUAAAUCCAUAACACAGGAAUAUAAUAUUUCCUGUCUCAUAAGCACUUGUGCACAGCUUACAAUAUAACAAACCACAAGUAACUUAAAUAAACAUGUCUGAUUUCACCUUU